AUGGCCAUCAUCAGCAUUACUAGUGUGAUAUCGCGAGCGAGCGAUAUUGCGAACUCCCGUGCGGCCAUGAGCGGGAUCACCUCGGCGGAACGCCAGGGUGCCUGCUCACCGACGACGCGAAAUCUCCUGACCCUGGUGGAGCGGUUAUGUAGAGUUUUCGCUCUGUACUAGGGAUUAAUUGAUUCUAUAGAGUUCUAUUGCCACCGG